CACAUUCUUCUCCGACGAGAAGAUCGAAAAUCACAAAUCGUCACCGGACUCUUGCAAUCGAGAACCAUCUGUCGCCUUUUUAUACUCGAAUACGAGCUCGUGAUCAAUGGCGAAAGCUUUGGAAUCAAACUCGAAAUCAAGGAAAGAAACCAUCUUGAUCAAAUACGCCAUCUUCUCGCGACUUCUCGUUCUCUUCUUAACCAUUUUGUGGCGGAGCUUACUCCAACCGUACGAUACAUCCGCUGCACUGAAUCCUCCUUGCUUGUAUCACAAAGAAGAUUCUUUUCCGUUUCUAGUAGCCAAUGCAGCUUCGAGAUCCCUUGAGAACAGUGUUGUCUGGGACAGUGUUUAUUUUCUCCGAAUCACAGAGUGUGGCUAUGAGUAUGAGCAGACUUACGCCUUCUUGCCUCUGCUUCCUUUCUUCAUCUCGCUUCUCUCUCGCACAGUUUUUGCGCCUUUGGUUCCAUUGAUUGGUCUUCGAGCUGUGAUGGUGUUGUCUGGUUUCACUGUUAGUAACUUGGCGUUCAUAUUUGCUGCUAUCUAUCUAUUUAGGGUUUCAGUUAUUAUCUUGAAGGAUACUGAAGCAUCAUUCAGAGCUUCGAUUAUCUUCUGUUUCAAUCCGGCGUCCAUAUUUUAUUCGUCAAUAUAUUCAGAAAGUUUGUAUGCUCUUUUCUCUAUUGGAGGAGUGUAUCACUUGUUAUCUGGUACCAGCAAUGUAGGCGUUCUUUGGUUUGCUCUCUCAGGCUGUGCAAGGUCCAAUGGAAUUCUUAAUGCUGGUUAUAUCUGUUUCCAGACAAUGCAUCGAGCAUAUGAAGCUUUAUAUCAGAAACGGCGUGCUUAUUUAGCUAUGCAGGUUUUUAUUGCUGGAUUUCUUAGAUGCAUAUGCAUUUGUCUUCCUUUUGUCGCAUUUCAAGCAUACGGAUACUAUAACAUCUGCCAUGGACAUACGCGUGAUGAAGUGAGGCCUUGGUGCAAAGGAAGGAUUCCGUUGCUGUAUAACUUCAUUCAAAGUCAUUAUUGGGGAGUAGGUUUCCUUAAAUACUUUCAGUUUAAGCAGCUCCCAAACUUUCUGCUCGCAUCCCCAAUUCUCUCUUUAGCUGUGUGUUCGAUUAUGAGUUACAUGAAGUCUCGGCCUGAGCUCUUCAUAUCGCUGGGGUUUCAAGCCACCGAGAAAGAAAAGAGAUCUGCUGCCAGACUUUAUUCUCUGAAGGAUGCAGUUGAACCAAGUGUUAAAACUUCAACAAAUGAAGGUAUCAGUUUCAUCGUUGUUAUAUAAUAGUUCCAAAAUUAAACGUUGAGUGAUUCUCUCUGUUUUCCUGAGUAGGAAACCAUGACAUUAGGCAGCGGAAACCUAGCAGUAAGAAGGAUGUGACUGGGACCAAAGUGGCUCCAGAAAAAUCAGGAUACCUUUCAGCUGAUGUUUUCCCAUUUAUCGUACACUUGAGUUUUAUGGUAACCACGGCGUUCUUCAUCAUGCAUGUCCAGGUUGCAACAAGGUUCUUGUCAGCAAGCCCUCCACUUUACUGGUUUGCAUCGUCUUUGAUUGGAUCUCCAAAACAUAGUAAAUGGGGGUACUUGAUAUGGUCAUAUUGUGCAGCCUAUAUCCUUCUUGGUACUUUGCUCUUCUCAAACUUUUAUCCCUUCACUUGAUUCAUGGUUUUCUCAGUAUCAUUGGAGUACUAAUACGUGGAUAUAACUUUCCUAAAGGCAAAACUAUCGGUUUCUAGUGAUGUAAAUACAGAGAACCAACUGUUUUUUUUUUCUUUUUCUUUUGUUCUCUGCUCAGUGCUCACUGUGAUCUCGUUUGGCAAGACAUUGAUAUGUUCUUUGUGGUCUGUUUGUAAAAGAUUUGAC